AUGGCUUCCUUCGACAAUUUGGCCCCAUGGAACUUCAGAUCCCUCAUAACCGAUCCAUUUUACCCCGACACAUCAUUCGCCAGAGAAACCGACUCCGCCCUAACCCUUGCUUUACAGCAAUCACUCUUCAAUCAACCCAUUUCCGACAACUCUUUUUUACUCAAUCCCAGUGAUUAUUGCAGUCCUACUCCUUCAACUGUAACCGGAUCCGGAUCUGGAUCCGAUCCCGAAACACCUGGAUCCAAACUUCAUUCUCAUUCUAACCGUCUAGGUGUUACGAUGGGUAAAACGGCGACCAAGAGGAAGUCACGUGCGAGGUCACGUGCUACCACUACGUUUAUUCAGACGGAUCCGACCAACUUUAGGCGUAUGGUGCAGGAAGUGACUGGAGUCAAGUUAGCUGACGGGAAGUUGCCGGAUUUUACGGUGUUGAAGCCGGAGCCGCUCCGGCAGCCGUUGGUUAAUAAGUUGCAAGGGUUGUUGCCGACGUUGGACACGUCAGCUUACUUGCUUGAUGUUCAGAAUAAUAAUACGCGACGGAUUCCGGUUUCUGGUACUUUUCCGGCGAGGAGUCACGUGACGGAGAAUGGUGGUCACGUGACGGAGAACGGUGGAGUUGGAGUUGAUUUUUAUUCGUGUUCUAGUUUUCCGACGCUUGAGUCGUCGAUUUAA